UUGCAACAUUAAAGCUGAAAAAGAAACAUCAAAAACGCAAAACAAAUCCUAAACAACGUAGUAUCUGGGUGAGAAAUUGGCUGGAAAGAAGAAAUACUAAUGGUGCAUAUGAAACGACUUUACGUGAAUUUCGAGAAGUUGAUAAUCAAAAGUUUCUUUUUAAAAAUUACGUGCGAAUGAACGAAAACAAUUUUAAUGAGUUACUGCAGCUAAUUUCCCCACUUAUUAAAAAAAGAGAUACAUGUUUUCGUGAAGCUAUUCCAGCAAGUCAUCGUUUGGUCUGCACUCUCCGCUUUUUGGCCACGGGCGAUAGCUACAAAAGUCUUUCAGCUUUUUUCCGUAUUGCCAAAAUUACUAUCUCAAAAUUUGUUCCUGAAGUUUGUGAUGCGAUUUACAGUCAACUUCGAAAUACUUACCUGAAGAUACCUUCAACAAAAGAAGAAUGGGCUGAAGUUGCUUCGAAAUUCGAUUUAUUAUGGAACUUUCCUAACUGCAUAGGAGCAGUUGACGGCAAGCAUGUGGUCAUGAUCGCACCAGCAAAAUCAGGAAGUACGUUUUACAACUACAAAGGAACUCACAGCAUAGUGCUUAUGGCAGUUGUUGAUGCCAGUUAUAAAUAUUUGUCAUUCAGAUGGUGGUCGUGA